CCCACCAGCGAACAUUCUCCUGACUGCUUUUUACAAUACUUUUCUUAGCAAAGCUCUCCAGAAGAGAUCUGUAAUAUUUCAUUCACCAAAGUUAUGGAAUCCAGAGAUUAUGACCCAGAACUUAAUUUUCCACCAAGGUACAGCAAGACGGCAAAUGAACAUCAAGAGAUGGAGUUUCUGAAUAUCCCCCGACAACAGAUCCAGUCCACUGUGGUAACGAUUGCUCCGGCAGCUCCUGAAGAUCCCCCUGUAAAAGACCACCUAAUCUUGUCACUGUUCAACGCCAUGUACAUAAACUGUUUCUGCCUUGGAUUUCUUGCCCUUGUGUUUUCCAUCAAGUCUCGGGACAGGAAGCAGCAAGGAGAUAGGCAUGGAGCCCAAAGCUAUGGAACCACUGCCCGCUCCCUAAACAUCGCCGCCCUUGUCCUGAGCUUCCUGUUUUUUGCCAUUGUAAUAUUUUUUUCCCUUCUUCGGUCAGCCAAAAUAUUUGAAAUGUUACACGAUCAUGUAAACCAAAGAUAUGGCUAGUGAACGGAUUAAGGAAGAAAGCAAAGACUAUGCAUUUUCAGCCUCUUUUUGCCUCUUAUUCUGUCUUCUUAAAUAGAGGCAAUCUUUGAAUAUUACACACAACACAUAGGAGUAUAUUUAAAAUGUGGACUUGAUUGGUUUGUUUUUUGGUGGCCACCAGGGCCUUAUCAGAUCUUUAACUGUACCGUUGUUAAGCCCAUUCUCGAGAUUCUGUUCAUAAUAUGAAAUCACAGUGCACAUCUGAAUUUCCCAUUUUAAAAUUUAGAUCUUUCCUUCAGGUAUAAACCAUGCGUUGUGAUACAAACCAUCGUCCCGGUGGCAAUGCAUACCAACUUGAGUAACACCGUGCCUGUUUGUAGGUGGGCAGUAAUGGUGUGGUACAAAAGUGGAUCAACCACCUGUUUUUACCGGCCCCCUGACCAGUAGCACAUUACAAACAUCUGCCUACCUAUAGCUAACCUAAUCGACAUGAGUAAGACCCCAUACAAAUGAUCAGAUUUUCUGCAGAUCUUUGUCUUCAGAUUUACCAAAACCACAAUAGGAGGUCAAACCUUAAAGCCUCAUACAC